GGUUGGAAUACUUGGUUUAGCAAGAAAAGAAUCAUUCAUUAUCAACAUCCCCAAAUAAAACUUCCUCUCUCGCUCUCUCUCUCUCUCUAACCCCUCCCUCUUAUUAUAUUUUAAUAAUCCCCCCGACACUUUCAUCUCUAUAUUUGCUCCUUCUGUCUCUCUCUUUCCUCUCUGUAUCCCCCAUUCUCUUACUGUGCUCUUGAGGAGCUGGUGUUUCUUGAAUGGGUCUCUAAAUGUGGUGUAAAGUUGUGUUCUUUGUUCUUUGAAGGUUUGUUUGAGAGAUGAGAGAGACAGUGGAGAAGGCUUGGUGAAGUAGAUCUCUUUCAUAUUGUGAAGAUUAAGGUCGUCAUUUGAGGUUUCUAAUGGAUACUAAGGGAAGACUUGUUGCUGGGUCGCAUAAUAGGAACGAAUUCAUUCUCAUCAAUGCCGAUGAGACUGCAAGAGUGACAUCUGUGACAGAAUUGAGCGGUCAGAUUUGCCAGAUCUGUGGGGACGAGGUUGAGGUAACAGUGGAUGGGGAACCAUUUGUUGCUUGCAACGAAUGUGCAUUUCCAGUUUGCAGACCCUGUUAUGAAUAUGAAAGAAGAGAGGGCAACCAAAUUUGUCCUCAGUGCAAAACCAGAUACAAGCGUCACAGAGGCAGUGCUAGGGUUGACGGUGAUGAUGAAGAGGAUGAUAUUGAUGAUUUGGAGAAUGAGUUUGAUAUUGGAAGUGUUCAUGGAGACCCUCAUCACAUUGCUGAGGCCAUGCUUUCUGCUCGCCUUAAUGUUGGCCGCGAUGACAACACUCCAUCAGAGGUAGAUGCGGCUUCUGUGGCUGCCGGUGAAAUCCCUCUCCUUACAUACGGCCAAGAGGAUCUUGGGAUUUCUGCUGAUAAACAUGCACUUAUUGUUCCUCCGUUCAUGGCUCGUGGGAAGCGUGUUCAUCCUAUGCCUUUUCCCGAUUCAUCUGUACCUACAGUUCAACCCAGAGCUAUGGAUCCUAAAAAGGAUUUAGCAGUUUACGGUUAUGGUAGUGUUACAUGGAAGGAACGGAUGGAGGACUGGAAAAAGAAGCAGAAUGAAAAACUGCAGGUGGUCAAACAUGAAGAUGGUGGAAAAAAUGCUGAUGAAUUGGAUGAUCCAGAACUGCCAACAAUGGAUGAAGGCAGGCAGCCACUUUGGAGGAAGGUACCAAUUCCUUCAAGCAAGAUAAGUCCAUACAGGAUCAUAAUAGUACUCCGGAUUGCCAUUCUCGGCCUCUUUUUUCAUUACAGAAUUCUCCAUCCUGUCCAUGAUGCAUUUGGUCUGUGGCUAACAUCAGUAAUAUGUGAAAUCUGGUUUGCUGUGUCAUGGAUUCUCGAUCAAUUUCCGAAAUGGUGCCCAAUUGAACGAGAAACAUACCUCGAUCGUUUAUCACUGAGGUAUGAGAAAGAAGGAAAGCCAUCUGAACUGGCCAAUGUAGACAUAUUUGUUAGUACUGUGGAUCCUAUGAAAGAACCUCCACUUAUCACCGCAAAUACGGUUCUAUCGAUACUUGCGGUAGAUUAUCCGGUGGACAAAGUUGCAUGCUAUGUCUCUGAUGAUGGUGCAGCGAUGCUUACAUUUGAAGCCCUUUCGGAAACAUCUGAGUUUGCGAGGAAGUGGGUUCCAUUCUGCAAGAAGUUCAGUAUUGAACCACGUGCUCCUGAAUGGUAUUUUGCUCAAAAGGUUGACUAUCUGAGAGACAAAGUUGACCCAACAUUUAUCAAGGAGCGUCGCGCUAUUAAGCGGGAUUACGAGGAGUUCAAAGUGCGUAUUAAUGCAUUGGUUGCGAUGGCACAGAAGGUUCCUGAGGACGGUUGGACUAUGCAGGAUGGGACUCCAUGGCCUGGGAACAAUGUCAGAGACCAUCCAGGAAUGAUACAAGUUUUCCUCGGUCAAAAUGGUGUACGAGAUGUUGAUGGGAAUGAAUUACCCCGUCUUGUCUAUGUGUCUCGUGAGAAGAGACCUGGAUUCGAUCACCACAAGAAAGCCGGAGCUAUGAAUGCCUUGAUUCGAGUCUCAGCGAUCAUUUCGAAUGCUCCUUAUCUGCUGAAUGUUGAUUGUGAUCACUACAUUAACAACAGCAAAGCACUUCGUGAAGCCAUGUGCUUCUUGAUGGAUCCUACAUCGGGAAAGAAAAUUUGCUAUGUACAAUUUCCUCAAAGAUUUGAUGGGAUUGAUCGUCACGAUCGAUACUCAAAUCGUAAUGUUGUGUUCUUUGAUAUUAACAUGAAAGGCCUAGACGGCAUCCAAGGUCCAAUUUAUGUCGGUACCGGUUGUGUUUUCCGGAGGCAAGCACUCUAUGGAUAUGAUGCCCCUGCUAAGAAGAAGCCACCGAGGAAGACUUGUAACUGUUGGCCUAAAUGGUGGUGCUGCUGCUGCUGUGGAUCUAGGAAGAAGAACAAGAAAGUCAAGUCAAGUGGGAAAAGUAAAAUAAAGAACAAGGAGGCUACAAAGCAAUUGACUUCUCUAGAAAAUAUUCAAGAGGGAAUCGAAGGAAUUGACAAUGAAAAGUCAUUACUAAUGCCUCUAGUAAAAUUCGAGAAAAAAUUCGGUCAAUCUUCUUUCUUCAUAGCUUCGACACUUAUGGAAGAUGGCGGCAUGCCAAAAUCUGCAAGUUCUGCAUCACUUUUGAAAGAAGCAAUCCAUGUCAUUAGCUGUGGUUAUGAGGAUAAAACGGAGUGGGGGAAAGAGGUUGGAUGGAUAUACGGCUCAGUCACAGAGGAUAUUCUAACAGGUUUCAAGAUGCACUGCCAUGGUUGGAGAUCCGUGUACUGCAUGCCAAAAAGGCCGGCUUUUAAAGGUUCAGCUCCCAUCAAUCUCUCCGACCGUCUGCAUCAGGUUCUCCGGUGGGCACUUGGAUCUGUUGAGAUAUUUCUUAGUAGGCAUUGUCCAUUGUGGUAUGGAUAUGGUUGUGGUUUGAAAUCGUUGGAACGAUUCUCUUACAUUAACUCCGUCGUUUAUCCUUUGACUUCCAUUCCCUUGCUCGCCUACUGCACUUUGCCGGCUGUCUGUCUCCUCACCGGAAAAUUCAUAGUCCCCGAGAUUAGCAACUAUGCGAGUCUGAUUUUCAUGGCGCUCUUCAUUUCCAUUGCUGCAACGAGCAUCUUGGAAAUGCAGUGGGGAGGCGUCGGCAUACAUGACUGGUGGAGGAACGAGCAGUUCUGGGUCAUCGGUGGUGUCUCCUCGCACCUGUUUGCCCUCUUUCAAGGUCUGCUGAAGGUUCUGGCCGGAGUGAACACAAACUUCACUGUCACAUCUAAAGCUGCAGACGAUGGAGAAUUUGCCGAACUCUACAUCUUUAAGUGGACAUCCUUGUUGGUUCCUCCUCUAACCUUGCUCAUCAUAAACAUAAUCGGUGUCAUUGUCGGUGUCUCAGAUGCGAUCAACAACGGCUAUGAUUCCUGGGGACCUCUCUUUGGCAAGCUCUUCUUUGCCCUCUGGGUCAUCCUCCAUCUCUACCCAUUCCUCAAGGGAGUCAUGGGAAAGCAAGAAGGUGUUCCUACCAUCAUCAUAGUCUGGGCGAUUCUCCUGGCUUCAAUCUUCUCCCUUCUCUGGGUCCGAAUCAACCCGUUUUUAGCAAAAGACGACAUCGUGCUGGAAAUUUGUGGGUUGAACUGCGACAACUGAAACAUAUGUUAUAUACAGAAAACAAAAAGGUAGUCAGAAGAGUAAAUGCGUGAUUUUUUUUUUUUUUGGUUUGAAGACAUACCUGGUUGAAGGUUCUGCAGAAAACAGAGGAAAGUUUACGGUGGGUUGGUGUAGAUAAUAACCAAAGGGAUUUGUUUUGAAGAGAUUCAUAAUUCUUUCUAUGCAUGGAAGGGGAUUGAAAGGGAAAGAUCAGCUUUGUAAUCCGACAAGAGUGGACACUUAGUUAAGGUGGCUGUAAUUUAUAAUUCUCUUCUGAAUAAGGUAUGUCAUAGUUGUAAUCAAAUGUGUUUCUUUUCUUUUUUGGUAAUUUGAAAUGUCCCUCAAGCAGGAAAGGGACCUUAUAGUGGUUUUGUUUUUCACUCUCAUGCAUGAAGUCAAUAAAACGAUGUUUAGUUGUAUAUGAGAAUUUUAUAAAUGAGGUUUGUUUCCAAAUUUAAA